AUGUCGCUCGUGUCCGGCGAGAAGACGAACUUCCAGUACAUUCUGCGUCUGCUCAACACCAAUGUUGACGGCAAGCAGAAGAUCAUGUACGCCUUGACCCAGAUCAAGGGUGUUGGUCGCCGUUACUCCAACUUGGUCUGCAAGAAGGCCGACGUUGACCUCAGCAAGCGCGCUGGUGAACUCACCACCGAAGAGCUCGAGCGUAUCGUCACCAUCCUCCAGGCCCCCACCCAGUACAAGAUCCCCACCUGGUUCCUCAACAGACAGCGCGACAUCACCGAUGGCAAGGACUCCCAGGUCGUCUCCAACUCCCUCGACAGCAAGAUCCGUGAGGAUCUCGAGCGCCUGAAGAAGAUCCGCUCCCACCGUGGUCUCCGUCACUACUGGGGUCUCCGUGUCCGCGGUCAGCACACCAAGACCACCGGUCGUCGUGGACGCACCGUCGGUGUCAGCAAGAAGAAGAACUAA